AUUUAAUUUCGCGUAGUUUCUCUCUGUCUUUCAUCUUCUCCAAACUUGAAACCCCAAAUUCGAAAAAUACAAAAUCCCGCUCUUCGUCUUCUUCUACAAAAACCCUAACGACGGUGCAAUUGAAAUCGUCUACUCUCGCCGCCGACCGGUAACCAUACCUGUUAACUCAACAUAUACUUGACCUAAUUCUCCGUUUAAGCAGAUCCAGAUUAUUACAAAAUUCAUAGUGAAAGCUAGAUAGUGAAAUGGAACCUUAUAUAACCAGAAGAGAUACAGUUAAUCAAGUGUUACAUGCAGAAGAAGAAGAAGAAUACAAUGAUUGUGAAUUGGAUCAACUCUUCCUUGUGCAUUCUGAUAUUAGAUCUGUUCUUCUCCAGAUUGAUGAGCUUGUUGUUGAAGCCACAAAGCGUAAGACCGUGAGCAAGCACGGGUUAAUAGAAGUUGAAUCUUUCAGAACUGUGUUGUCUGAUAUGCUUUCCUCACUAAAGCCAUGGUUUCCUCGAUUGCAAGAAGCGAUGUCUGAUUUUCAGUUGCUUCCAGAGGAUCAGGAAGAACAGUCUUUGAUGAGCACAAACGAAGAAGAAGAUUUGUUUGAUGUUGAGAGUCCUGAGCCUACUCAAUUUGAGCCCUUAGUCUCUCCUUCUCCUCUUGUGCAUUGGCGUGGUGAUCAUAACGCAGACAAGGGUAGACAACUCUUUCUUUUGACACCACUACCCUUAGGAAAAUCUGAAUUCCUAAAACACCAGAAUGCAUCUAAGCUUACAGCUAAAAGGAUUUUUCCAGACACUGUUGCAAAUGAACCGCUUGAAGCUUCUAAAGAAACAAGUGAUGAUGUUUUAGGAGGUGAGUCGUUGAAAACUGCAGGACUUGGUAAAUCUUUAGUCCAUGCCAUGGAUUUCUCUGAAAAUUUGGUUGAGUAUAAGCCAUGUUCUUCACCAGUUCUCAGGAGAAAGAUUCUGUCUGAGCUUCUAAUGACACCUUGCUUGAAGCUGUCGCCUCCGAAAUCGUGUACAAUGUUUAAACCGGUUCCUGAAUCUUCUCAACUGGGAAAGCAAGGGGCUUGUAAGUCUACCUGCUCUGAAUUGGGAUCAUCUGGUAUUGAAAAAACAGACAAUCUCUGCUCGAAGUAUCCUGAGCUCUUGGGAAUACAACAUGCUCCGAUAACUAGAAAAACGGAUCUUGAAUCCUCGCCGGUUUGGUGGUUUUCUCCUCCUAAAACAUGUGUUUUAAUGGAGCCUGUGAAUGAGAAGAAACCAAUUGAUGAAACUGGUGGAUCUUUUGAUGUUCCAAACAUUAUACCAGAAGCAAAACACACUACAGAGGGAAGCAUGUCAAUGGUGGUUGAGAGUACUCCAUUGUUUAAAGAACCAGAGAGCAUAAUGACGAGAAACAGAACAAAAGCAGGUGAGAGUACUCUGAAGAAAGAGCUAUGGACAAGAUUUGAAGAAGCAACGAUUCAUGACAGUCGGUUCAACUCGAUGACAACAACAACAACAGUGAGAGGAAAUAAUAAGAAAUGUUUCAUGGAAAUGUUAGAAGAAGUGAGUGGCAAUGAGGAAGAUCAUGAGUUAAGUGUAUGAUCAAAGCACUAUAAGUAUAUGGUCUAUAAGUUCUGUGUUUGUAAUAUUGCCAGUUUUACUCUUGUAUCUUUCUUUUACCAUAUUGUGGCUUGGUUAUAUUAGAAGACAAUAGAAAUGAAGUGGAAAUAGAAUGAAAUGAACUAGAGAGGAUCAAACAACAAACACAUCAAA